AGUUCUCACGGCAAAAAAUGACAAGCAGCACUUACCCAUUUUGUCACAUGCGGAAGUAGAUUUUGGAGUCCUUCUAAAUUGCAAUAAAGUAAAUCAAGUCUUCAGUCGUAUCCCUCUGUUGAAGAUUGAGUUCUUGCUGGAUUUACUCUUGUAAGGCCGUCGGUGGCAAAGCAUGAUGGGGAAAACUAGGCUCAAGUAUUAGGUUUAUUUGCAAAUGAAGUUGUAAAUGUCAGCAAAUCUAAAGCAUCAUUAAGUAUUUUCUAUUCCUAGACACGAGUAGCAGCACAAGAUGCAGGCCGCCACGCCGGUCACUGACUCCGCAUCGCCGCCCGCAGCGCAGAGGAGCCGGAUCCCGAAAGUGGGUAUUAUUGGCGCCGGGUGGGGGGCCCGGGUGCAGCUCCCGAAGUUUCGCGAGCAGGGCUUCGAGGUGACGGCGCUCUGGAGUCGGGGCGAGGAGAAGGCGAAAGAGGUUUGUGCGCGAGAAGGAAUCGGGCAUGCUUUUUUUGGUGAUGAUACUACGGAAAUUUGCACCUGUCCCGAUGUCGACUUGGUGUCUAUCGUGGGACCGGCCCACCGCCGAGGCCACGCGGUCUCCAAGGCGCUCCAGGCCGAGAAACACAUUCUUUGCGAGAAGCCCAUCGCCUGCAACUACCCCGAGGCCAAGGAGAUUGCCAAGCGGGUGCAGACCAUUACAGGCGAGCUGAACAACACGCAAGUUUUACCACAUCGAAGAGAUGUUUCGUAUACAGAUUUCCUUGCUCGUGUGAAAAAAGUCAGUCAGUAGUAAGGUCCGGUUUCCACCUUUGCUGCAUGCUAUUUUGUUUUGCCACCCAAUUACAUGUACAACGAUAUUGUAUGGUCAGUUUUAUAAUUCAAGAAGGAGAUGAACAGGACAGGCACGCGUUGUGCUCAACGCAUGUCCUUGGACAAAGCCCAUGCCUUUGCCCUCAAAGGUAUCAGGUGAAAGUCUUUUCUCAGGAGCAUAAAAGAAAUUGUCCUCGUUUUCACUUCGAUAAGUCUGCCUGGUGGACUUUGAGCUGCGGUGCGUGCCAGCUUUGCGCGAGCUGCGAGACCUGAUUCUGACGGCGAACCUGAUUGGCAACGUGAACAUUUCCGUGUCCUUCACGUCGUUGCGCAACUUCGCGUGGAUGCAGCCCGGCGUGAAGGCUAGUCACUGGCACUAUCGCCAGACUGGAGGCGGGUGUUGGUCAGCAAUCGGCAUUCACUAUGUGGACUUGGUGCGGUUUUUGUUUUCCGAGGAAAUCCAAAAGGUGUCGGCAAUCCAGCGGCCCAUGCGCGGCAUCGUGGUUGCGAAGAACGGGGACGUUCUAUUACAGUGAAAAGUGCCCCUCCACCCCUGAAAUUGCAAAAAUUUGUGAUGCGAAGUCUCCGAAUGAAAACUUUUUGUCAUGCAUGAAAGGAGUUUGAAUCUUUCUGAUGCAGAGUCUAGGGGUGUAUCGCAUCGCUUGCAUGACAAGCGCCGCUUUUGCUGUGGUCUUUUGCAAUACAAAUUUUUGCUAUUCACCAUCGGAAACCUGUGAUGCUGAUAAAUGAAAGAGGGCGAAUGUUGCAUUUGGAAAGGUUUGCAAUACAAAUGCUCGCAAGUUCGGGGGUGGGGGCAUUUUUCAUUGUAAUACGUUCCCAGUGCGGAUGGUAUGUGCCAGGCCAUGCUGGUGACGGGGCGGAAGAAGAUUUCCAUUCAAAUGACCAUAAAUGGCUUCAACCCGGGCUUGCCUGAGGAAGUGGACGAAAUGGUGAUCUGCAGUCCAAAAGCUACCAUCAGGUUUGAUUUUCUCACCUCGGAACUGGUGAUUUACAAAAACCCUCCCCCGGACACCGCCACGCCGAUGGAGAAGGAGAUGGAGACGAAACGGGUAAUAAAGGGCGAGGGUAACGCGUGGCAGGACGUGGGGACGCCGGCGCUGAUGCAGCGCGUGCGGGCGUUUUUUGAAAAGGACGACAAAAAUGCCCUCCUUAACAUGGCGACGUUUCAAGACGGGCUACGGGCGCAGUUGAUUACGGACGCGAUCCACCAGAGCGCCGCAAACGACGGCGAGUGGGCCGAGGUCACUGUCUAG